CGCCAGCCCGGAGACUCCCCCUAAUCAGGUCCUCUGUGCGCCUCAGCUUGCCCCUGUGCCAACCUCUAGCCUUCAGAUGCCUCCCUCGAGUUGCCGGGUCUUUCUCCCCACUCCCCUCUGAAGCUCUCUGGACACAGCCCGCGCGGGGCUCCCGGAGCAAGUCCGGCUGUGUGCGAAGGAAGUGGAAGGCGUCCCAUCAACCCCAGCCUGGCCCUGGGCCGGUCCCGCCGCGGAUCCCUGCACAGAGCCAGCGCGGGGCCAAAAGCAGCUGCCAGGCAGCCGCCGCCCGCAGCUCCAGGGGGCGUCGUGACUCGCGCACGCCGCCCUUCCCCCGUUUGGCCGAGAGACGCGCGCGGUUGAAGGGGGAGCGGAUCGGCACCGUGGAGAGCGCCUAGCGUCCCUGCCGCACUCCCUCUCCCACUUCCCGCCGCCAGCCCCGUCUCCCCGGCCCCCGGCCCCGCCGCUUCCAGCCUCCCUCUCCCCGGAGCCCCCGGCGAGCGCCAGGCCGCCGCUGCCACUCUGGGCGCCGGCGCACGCUGCCUGGCGCCUGCACACGGGGACGCUCCCGCGCUGGGACCCUCCCUCCCACACAGCUCGCUGCAGCUCGCCGGCUCCUAGGCACGGCUGGCAGCUCCGCAGAUGGCAACGCCAGGCUCCGGCUUUUGGUCCUUCGGCUCCGAGGAGGGAGCGGGGGACGCGGAGCAGCCCGGCACAGCAAAAGCGUGGUGUCAGGCUGCCCAGAAGUUUACAGGAGGCAUUGGAACCAAACUCUGCGCUUUGCUGUAUGGGGACGGAGAAAAGCCCACGGAAGCCGGGGCGAAGGAGGAUCUGGACUCCGCGGAGAAGACACCGGCCUGUACCUGCACCAACAAGCCCUGUAGCUGCCAGGGGGCGGAUAUUAAUUAUGCAUUUUUACACUCAACAGAUCUUCUGCCAGCGUGCAAUGGGGAAAUAACAACUCUGUCUUUCCUACAAGAUGUUAUGGAUAUUUUGCUUCAGUAUGUGGUGAAAAGUUUUGAUAGAUCAACAAAGGUUAUUGAUUUCCAUUAUCCAAAUGAGCUUCUUCAGGAACAUAAUUGGGAACUGGCAGAUCAACCACAGACCUUGGAAGAAAUUUUGUUGAACUGCAGAACAACUCUAAAAUAUGCAAUCAAAACAGGGCAUCCUAGAUAUUUCAAUCAACUUUCAACUGGAUUGGACAUGGUUGGAUUAGCUGCAGACUGGCUGACAUCAACAGCAAAUACUAAUAUGUUCACCUAUGAAAUUGCUCCAGUGUUUGUACUUUUGGAAUAUGUCACGCUAAGGAAAAUGAGAGAAAUGAUUGGCUGGCCAGGGGGCUGUGGCGAUGGGAUAUUUUCACCUGGUGGUGCCAUAUCUAACAUGUAUGCUAUGUUGAUUGCACGUUUCAAGAUGUUCCCAGAAGUCAAAGAGAAAGGAAUGGCAGCUAUUCCCAGGCUGGUUGCCCUCACUUCAGAGCAUAGUCACUUUUCUGUGAAGAAGGGAGCUGCAGCCUUGGGGAUUGGCACAGAUAGUGUGAUUCUGAUUAGAUGUGACGAAAGGGGGAAAAUGAUCCCAUCAGACCUUGAAAGAAGAAUUAUUGAAGCCAAACAAAAAGGAUUUGUUCCUUUCCUAGUUAGUGCCACUGCAGGAACUACAGUGUAUGGUGCAUUUGAUCCACUCCUAGCUAUUGCAGACAUCUGCAAGAAAUACAAAAUCUGGAUGCACGUGGAUGCAGCAUGGGGUGGCGGGCUGCUGAUGUCUAGGAAACAUAAAUGGAAAUUAAAUGGUGUUGAAAGGGCCAAUUCUGUGACUUGGAACCCCCACAAGAUGAUGGGUGUCCCAUUGCAGUGUUCUGCCCUUCUCGUUAGGGAAGAGGGCUUGAUGCAGAGCUGCAAUCAAAUGCAUGCUUCCUACCUCUUUCAACAAGAUAAACACUAUGACUUGUCAUAUGACACUGGAGACAAGGCGUUGCAAUGCGGGCGUCAUGUUGAUGUCUUCAAGCUAUGGCUGAUGUGGAGAGCAAAGGGAACUACAGGAUUUGAAGCACAAAUUGACAAGUGCUUGGAACUUGCAGAAUAUCUAUAUAAUAAAAUAAAGAACAGAGAAGGCUAUGAAAUGGUGUUUGAUGGAAAGCCUCAGCACACAAAUGUCUGCUUCUGGUACGUACCUCCCAGUUUGCGCAGCAUGGAGGACAAUGAAGAAAGAAUGAACCACCUUCUAAAGGUGGCCCCAGUGAUAAAAGCCAGAAUGAUGGAAUACGGAACCACUAUGGUCAGCUAUCAACCGCUGGGAGACAAAGUGAACUUCUUCCGUAUGGUCAUCUCAAACCCAGCAGCUACUCAUCAAGACAUUGAUUUCCUGAUUGAGGAAAUAGAACGUCUGGGGCAAGAUUUAUAAUAAUCUGGUCUGCGAGUCUGGUCCAGAAAAAGUUGUCAAACUGUGCAAAAUGUAUUUGUAGUUUGUUCCAAAGUAAAUCUAUUUCUAUAUUGUGGCGUCAAAGUAUAGUACUGUUUAAAAUCAAGAAACAUGCUCCUUUUAAAUCCUCUCGAGUUUUAGAAUACCUCUUUAAUAAUUAGAUACACAAAAGGCUGCAUUCAAACCGAUAAGAAAUAACAGAAGAUACUUGCAAUUUCCCCCCAAAUUUUAAUACAGUUAGUAAAUACAUGUUUAGGUUAAAAGUGGUCAGAUUGAGUGGUGCCAAAUUUCCCCCAAAUGGUGACAAAAUCAAAUGGGGGGUUGGGAGGGGGCAGUAAGAUAUGUACAGUAAAGAAACUCUAUGUUUAAAAGUGAAAAUAUUUUGCCUUUUUCUUAGAUUUAGAACAGAAUUUCUAAUUUACCUAUAGCAACAUUUCAAAUGUAUUUAAAUACAUAUAAUUAAAAAAAGGAAUAUAUAUAUACACACACACACACACACACACACACACAUAUAUAUAUUAAAAUAUCCUAUUUUGUAAACUAUAGAUUUUUAUUUUAUAUGGGUUAUAAAAAAUGCAGGAGCAGAAACUGAAAACUAAACAAUUUUUUUCUUUUAAUAGAGAUGCAUCAAAUAUCUAGAAAGAUUAUUUUGAACCAUAAACCCACAUAAAUUCUUUAAAAAGUAUAAUGCCUCAUUUCUAUAUGUCACAUGGAUUGUACAUCUCUAGAGUUAAGUAUUGCAAAAACUCACAAGUACUGCAGCUCUUAAAAACUCUUAAUAAGAACUACUACAGUACAACAAAAGGAUGCUAUUAUUCCUAAAUAUAUUUCCUAUGUGACCUAACCUAAGCAAAUGGACAAUCAAAAUACAGUCCUAACCAAGACUGAACUAAGGUUAUAUUUGUGUGGUUUCUCUAUUCUACUUUUAAACAGCCUAUCAAAAAGGGCCACACUUUACACUAAAUACUUGUGUCAUAAGCAUCUUUACAAACAGUAAUUUAUUCAUUAGAGAUAAAAAUAAAUUGAAAACUAAGAUUGAUUAGAAUUCGCUAAGACCCAAAUCCUACAAAAUCUCACAGGAGUAAUGCUGAUUGGAUGAAUAAGGACUUUUGUAAAGGUCUCAGGAUAGGGUCCCUAAGUCAAAUGCUCAUGUUAUGGUGGCACUUGAGUUUCCCACAUGACAACAGUUUUUCUAAACAUCCCCAUUCCCAGCGCUGGGACAGAGCUGGUGGAAACUCAGAAUUUCAGUUUCACAGGAACGUUCAAAAAUGUUUGUUCUAAUUCAGAACAACAAUAUUUUUGCAAUUUCCCACAAAAUGAAAAUUCUGAAAAUGUUCAUUCUGAUCUUUUUUUUCUUUUGCGGGACAUUUUGUAGAACUCAAUACAACUUUGUGAAAAAUUUCAGUUUAGUCAAAACACCUUUUUCAGACGAAGAAAGUGUUUUGAUUAAAUCUACUAACCAGCUCUACAUUGAGCUUGUCUGAUUGAAAUUGCCAUUAGAAUGCUUUGAGAGAUGCCUCGAUACUCAUAGCACAGUCAGUGUUGAAUCAUCCAGACCCAUUUAGAAACCAUGGGUGCAAAAUCCUGCAUAACUGAUAUGUUGAGUCAUUUUUCAACACUAGGGGAGGCACAGAAGUGGAAACUGAGCUUCAACCUCCUCUUCCUCAAAAUCUGGAAGAGCUUGGAUCAGAACUUAAUGACUCAGACCUGUUUCUAUUUAUAGUUAAGUUUUGGUUGUAUCUUUGACUGGAAUCUACAUGGCCACUUUUGUAUGUAAAGCAAGAUUGUUUUACUCACUCUAAAAUACUUGAAGAAAACUAGUGCAGUGUGGUUUAAUUUGACCUAAAAUACAUAAAUGGGGUAUUGAUUCAGUGUGAUGAGGAUGUGAUGUGAGAAGAGGAAAUAAAUUGUGUCUGUAAUUGUGUUGCCUUUAUUAUAUUGAUAGUACUGUUUGUCACCUCAGAUUGAGGCCGUGCAUUUUAGAUUUAAACUGGAUAGUGUUGCAAAUUAACAUGUGUUACUGAAUAAGCUUGUACAAUAUAUUAUUGAUAUGUCUUUCUUUGUGUGGUAGUACUACUGACUCUUGGUAUUGUAAGAGCUGCAUUCACACACAAGUCCCUAUACUAUAUCUUUGCUCAGUAUUAUCCUCUCCUGAUCAGCUUGAGAGAAGAACAUUCCCCUCACCUCAGUGGUGACCUACUGUGACUUACACUGCAUGAUGUUUCAAUUACAGCUUUAGAGCAGAUACCCAUUCUGCCAAUGAGGACUAAAGCAAUCUUAUCCAAACAGGUCACAGAAUUAGCAACUGUAGUCACAAACACUGAGCAGCCGAGCAAAUUCUGUUCUUGUUUGUGACAGAGAAAAUGGGGGACAAAGAACUAAGUGUAAAAAAUAGUACAGGGACAAUGGUGAAGGUGAGCAGUAGCCUGGUUACAUCUUGCAUGUGCAAUUCUGUUUUCAAAUGCUAAGUAUAAAUGCUGUAUUUAUUAGUUCUAUGUGCCAAUCCAAGAUAUACAUUCAGUAUUUCUUGAGGACACCAGCAUUUUUCCAUGUUACUGUGUUUAUUGCAGCCAGAAAGAACUACAUGGCAACCUCUUCUUCUUGUGUUUGACCAAAGUAUUUUCUCUGUGUUGUUGAUCUAAACCCAAAUAAAAAAAAGUGUAAAAUGUG